AUGGAGCAUGAAGCUGAUACACCAUCUGAUGAUUUUUGUGAUGCCUGGCAGGCUGAUCAUCUUGAAAUACCCAAAACUGAUCAACCUGCACCAUCCGAUGAUGGUGAUGAUGAUACUCAACAAUUCUUCAUCAAAUUUAAGGUGGAGCUCAUCUAUCCACCAGACAUCACAUUAGAAGAUGAUGAAGAUUAUGUGCUAGUUGAAUUUGGUUUGGAAAGCAGCACCUCAAUUCACCAAUUUUGGGCUCCUUGCAAAAGAUCAGGCAGUGAAAACUUGUCAUGGGAUGAAAUCUCUACCAUGCUAACAAGAAUCAAUGUUCCAUUGCAUAAGCAGCCAUCCAUUUUACACCGAAUUUCAACCUGUGCUAAUCAUAUAGCCAAUGCAGAUCAUAACAGGUCUAAAAAAGUAUUGCCUAUGAUGGUUUCGAUAAGUAUUCUUGUCGAUUACUCCUGCUACAAGCAAGAAGAUGCUAGCACUUAUGUGCUGAGGAACAACGCAGAUGUUGCCAAAUUGAUGCCUGUUCCUGCUAGUAAUGAAUCAGUUGAAGGACUGAAGAAGGAGAUUCUUGAAGAUCAGGGCAAUGUUUCCGUUAAACAAUGCAUGAUUUGCCUGGAAAACCUUCAAGCUGGAUCCGAAAUCAUGGGCAUGCCUUGCUCUCAUCUCUAUCAUCAAAUAUGCAUUUUGCAUUGGCUUAAGAUUAGCAACUUUUGUCCCAUUUGUCGCUUCCAGUUGUCUGCUUGA